AGAGACCGCUGGGAUAAUGGGGAGUGGGAGAGACAGGCGAGAGGGGAGGCAGAGCUGAAGAGACAGACAAACAAGUGAGCGCAGGCAGUGAUGGAUCGGGGAGACUGACAUGUCUCUGGGGCCCCACAGCAAGUACAUUGAGGGGCCCCCCAACUUCCAUAACUUGACCUGGAGGAAGAUUAGGGGUUCCUACUCACAAGAGCUUACAAUCUAAAGCUGCCCGGGAGCCACUGAAGGGUUAAAUCCGCAGGCUCCGCAGCAGGAAAUGAUACAGAGAAGCCAAUUAGUUGCGCCGAAGCCAACGAGCCGGGAGUAACGCUCUUUCCUAGAAGGAACCGACCAACCGUGCCAGGCUGGGCACCCACGGGCAUCUGUGCCAAGCAGGGGGCAUGGGCCAAUGAGGGCUGACGUAGCACCCAAGGUGCCUAUAUAGGUGCCCAGGCUCAUACAGACACUCACUGCUGACUGAUGUGCCAGGGAAGCCAUGGAAACAGAUCCAGUUACUCACACAGAUACAGUAAGGAUUCCUGAAUGAUAAUUACAGACCCUGUGCCCCCCGACAUCUCGUUUCCCCCCAACCCCAAGGGGCCGCUGCCAUGUUCCGCUCCAAGAAGAAGGUGGUGCACUCCUACCCCAACAUUCUCACCCCCGAACAGAUCCCCAAGUUCUUCAUCCCCCCCAAACUCUCCCCGGCCCCGGCCAGGGCAGGACAUGGCAGAGCAGGGCCGGAAGGGUUCAAGCCCAGCCCCAAGGCCCUGCUGAAGUCGGCCCACCGCCAUGUUAUUCAGGUGGAAGAUGUAGAGAGUGAGGCCUCGGAGCCAGCAACCCCUGUGCCCCUAACUGCCCCUCUAAUGGGGGGUCUCUACCUGUCUGAGAGUCCCAACACACGCCGGAGGGAGUCUCUCUUUCACGAGAGGUGCCCCACUCAUGGACCUUGUGAGAUGGCCUCCUUGUCCCCAUUGGACGGCACCACCUCUCCAAGCUGGAGGAACUCAUCGUCGGACUUGGGGGUCCAUCAGGUCCCACUGGGUGCCAUGGACAGUGACACCACCUCUUCCGCCGACUCCUCGCCCUUCAGUUCCCCUCUGCUCACCCGUUCCAUGGCCGGGAGCUUGGUCGGCCAAGUCUACGAUAAGCAACGCCUGUUGGGCCGCACGUUGGGCAGCAAGGCCUUGGACCGGACAAACUCCCUGUCUACCGAGGAGACCAGUUCGGCCGACACCAGCCCCUUUGUGAGUCGCAGAGAAAGCCAACGGGGAUUGGGGGUCUCCAUGGUCCACCUGGUCCCCCCACCGGUCUUUCACCUGGACUUUAUCUGCUGCCAGGAGAGGUUGACCAAAGAGACAGAGGUCAUGAUGGACCAAGGGGGGCUUCUGCGUUUGUCCGCCGAGCACAUCAAGGAGAUGGGGCGCCUACGGGUGAAGCUGGUCAGUGCCGAGAACCUGUACCCCCCCUACCAGGACCCCAAGAGCAUCAGUUGCUGCGCGGUGAUGGCCCUCCAGCCGGGCAAGCAGCAGAAGCAGAAGAGCACGGUCAUUCGUCGGAGUCGCAACCCCAUCUUCAACGAGGACUUCUUCUUCGAGGGGGUGGAGAGGGCGGAGCUGGGCAGCCGGAGCCUCAGGGUGAAGGUUGUGAACCAGGGGUCGGGGAUGCGCAGAGACCAACUGCUGGGGCACAUAGAGCUCAGGCUCGCCAACAUCCUGCCCCCCUAGUAGCACCCCUGGU